AUGUUGUCAUCAAAGAGAGAAUAUUCUCAGGUUCAAGAUCAAGAUCAUCACUACCAACAGAGAAAGCAAGAAAAUACAAAAGACUGUCAUGCUUGGUUAACAUUACUUGUAACAGCUCUCGUUCCACUGAUGAUUGUUAUAUUUACUGUGGUGAUUACCGUAACACAGCAAUCUUCGGCUGAUAGACAACGCCAACAAGAACAACAACAAGCUGAUAAUAUUCAAAACGAACAAAUAUUUUCUGUAUAUGUUGAUGAUAUAUCAAAAUUAUUGUUAACAAAAGAAGUCACAACGGAUAAUAAAGCUCUAAUGUACAUUCGCACAAAAACUCUCUCAUCACUUCGAAAACUAGAUACGCGAAGAAGGAAACAUUUGUUAUUGUUUCUGUAUGAAAGCCAACUUCUUCAAUAUGAUGAAGCUAAGAAACAUGAUCGUUCUACAUUGAAUUUAGCGGGAGCCAACCUGAAUCAUAUUGAUAUAGAAAAACCGACAAAUUUUAAUAAUUUAUCUCUACCUAGUGUUGAAUUGAACAAUGCAUCAUUUAUUAAUUGUGAUCUACAGCAUUCACAGUUUGCUGAUGCAGUCAUGAACAACAUUAGAUUCACUAACUCAUUUCUGCUAGGAACAAGUUUCAGUCGGUGUUCAUUAGAACGAGCUGAUUUUCGUAACACAACAUUGGCUGAAGUUAGUUUCAGAAGUGCAGUUUUGAGACAUGCAGACUUCAGACGAGCAUGGACAAAAGGAGUUGAUUUCACAAAUGCUGAUCUAUAUGGAGCUUUGAUGACUGAAAAACAUCUUCGUGAAGCUGAGUUGCUUGACAAUGCACGGCUACCAAACGGCUCAUUUGCCAUGAUUCAAGAAAAAAAUUUAGUGAUAAAUGGUGAAAACGUUGGUUGUCAUAAGAAAUUACUAUCCCCGUGGAAAAUGGAAGCUGCUGUUAUCAAGACAUUUCAACAUUAUAGCUCAUCAUUGAAUUGUUCUUUUGGAAUAGCUAAUUUAUCGUCGCUGAGUCCUACAUCCAUAGAGCAGUCAGUAUUUGUGGCUAAUUAUACUGUUCUGAUUGAUUCGGGAAAAGCCGAAUAUAGUUUUUCGGGUUUAUUCGGUGGUAAUGCUUAUGCUAGAAUAACAUUUUUUACCAAUGCAGCAGUAAAAACUGGUAAACGAGUAAUGAUAGAUGAUCGCCAGAAUAAAACUGAAACCAUGAUAUUUCAACAGAAACUUGGCACAAUACCAGUGGAUACUCGACAGUUUGUUCUCGUUGUUUAUUUUGUAAAUAUUCCUGGGGGAAGGCAUAAUUUUGCUAUUUUUAAUAACGUACGGUUUUUUAUAAAAGAACGGAAAUGA